CAGUAGACAGAAAUAAACAUUCUAUUCUUAUCAAUAACUCGGCAAAUCUUCUAAAAUAAUAAUUUUUUUUUUUUAAUUCAAAAAUUGAAUCUUGCAAAUGGCCAUUUAUUUUUUCUCGCUAAAAAAAAAAGUCUCCAGAUGUGAUAAGAAGAAUUCAUCAUAAAAAUUCAUAUUUGGUGGAAUAAUACCGGUAAUUAUAAAAAAUAAUUAUAUCAAGUUUUUUAUAUAAAAAAAAAAGAUGUCUAACGCACAAAGUCCAAAAGUUUAUUGGAAUCAAACAAACAGUGAUAUUUAUUUAAGAAUUGAUAUUAAUAAUCCUCAGGGAUCGGAAAUUCAUUUCGAAGAUGACAGUAUGCAAUUUUCAGCAUUCAAACCUGAUGAAAAUGGACCCAUAAAUUAUUGUUUUAAUUUAAAGUUUUACAAGCAAACUGAUCGUAGGGAAAAUGUGUAUGAGCUUAUAGAUCAACAAUUGCAAUUUAUUUUGAGGAAACAAACUGAGGAAAAGUGGCCCCGACUUAGUACAGAGGACACAGAUCCCUCGUGGAUUAUUCCGGACUCGGACAAAAUGACAAAAAAAAGUUUAUGCAAUGAUAAGAAAACUUCUAAGCCUGUAUUCAAAAAAUUGAGCGAGGAGUACGCGGGCUUAAAUAAUAAAUUCCAUACGGAAGAUUUUGAGAAGCGGGAUAUCAAUGAGGAUUAUCCUCACAUGUAUGACAAACUUCACAAAGAGGAGCUGGGAUACAGGAGAGAAGAUUAUAAAAAAGUAUAUUUAGUCUUCUAUAAUUUAUUCCAAUUCAUUGGGUUCCUCUACAUUCUGAUAAUCAUGGGAAUCAAAUACUCUAGAGAUGGUCCAGAUUCCAUGAAAGAGACGUACAAGAGCGUAGGAAGUUUGCUGAAAUUCGCACAACUGAUGCAGUUUUUAGAAGUAAUGCAUCCAAUAUUUGGCUACACCAGAGGCAAUCCCCUGAUACCAUUCGUACAAGUCGGUGGCCGGGCAUUUAUUCUAUUUGUUAUGAUCGAAUCCGAAGAGCGGAUGCAAACAAAGCCGGUGGUGUUUUAUCUAUUUUUCGUUUGGAGCCUCGUUGAAAUUUUCCGAUAUCCCUAUUACAUAACGCAGUUGCUGAAGGUAAAUAUUCCAUUGAUAACUUGGCUGAGAUACACGGUAUGGAUACCGCUCUACCCGAUGGGGUUCCUGUGCGAGGGCAUAAUCGUCCUGCGUAAUAUUCCCUAUUUUGAAGAGUCAAAAAAGUACAACGUAGCGUUACCCAACGCCUGGAACUUUUCGUUCCACCUGCCGACGUUCUUGAGGAUUUACUUGUUGAUAUUUUUCCUGCCUGCGCUCUACAUGAUGAUGUCACACAUGAACAGGGCGAGGUAUGAGAAACUUGGAAAAACUAAGGAACGGAAAGUCAUCCAGCAAAAUUUGAGCUUCAAGUUCUUUGCAAUUAAUUUUUGUCUGAUUGCUGGCUUCUGUAUAUUUUUUAAGUGGAUGGGUAAUACUGUCAAGAAUUUUUUCGAUUUGCACGAAUAAUUGUCAUGUAAAUUUAAUUAUUUUACAUGAGUUAAGAUUUUUUAUAUAUAAUUAAAAAAAUUACAUCAUUAUCUUCAAUGGAAAUAGAAGUAUUUAAAAAUGUAUGUUUUAAUUAAAGAGUAUUAACUAUUUUUA